UGCAGCUGCUUGUCAACAAAAUGGCCUUCCUCAAUUGUUUUUCGAGGACCUACCAACUAAUUUUGUUGUGCUGAAAUAGCAUUAGAACUCUGGUUAAAGAAUAGAGGCGACAGGUUUAGCACAGUGUUUAUCAACAUAUCUGUGUUCACAAUAGAUACAUUUCGUUGUGGAUAAAGCAAGACGGGCAUUGGGAUUUUUGCUCCAAUCUCAAGUUAGCUGACAAAUGCUAGCUGCCUACCUGUGCGACCUCAUCUUUCAUUUCUGUUUUUAAAGACACAUUUAGACAUCUGGAGGACUGCUUAAGUUCAUCCAUAUAACCACAUAUUGGCUAUAAAAAUAACGCUGACGGAACGAAACCCAAAAGAAGUCCUCAGAUGGAAUAAUCUGUCUGGUUGGGACCUGCAGAUCUGAGCAGAGAGAAUGAGUGGUGAAGUGCAAAGUAGCUGCCCAGCAUAGAGGCAGGUAUGCUUCCCAUGGGCUCGCAAUGAACCGUGACACCUUUUCCCACAUCCGGCUGUGGUGCCCACGCCCCUUUGGCACCUACUCCCAGAAUAAGCCAUACAGUAAUGGUACAAUUCACAGUGGAACAUCUACCUCCCACUGCAAGGUAGACGACGAUGGACUCACAUCUAUAGAUGCCCAUGGAGUUAGUAACGAGCAAGAUGAGGAUGUUGGAACUGAAAACACCCCACCAGAUUCAUCUUCUACCCUGCUAGCUCCACCACUACCUGCAUCCCCAUCUCCCAGUGCACAGAUGGAGGAUGGCAGGGUACUGCUUGAUACCUGGUAUGUCAUCAAACCAGGCAACACCAAGGAGAAAAUAGCCUUCUUUGUAGCUCACCAGUGUAAUGAGGCUGGAAUUCCCAGGCCUAGUGCCAUGAAAGUGAAGGGGAACUGGGCUGCUGAUUGUACCAAGGCCAAGCGCCGUCGUCGCUGUUCCUCAUAUGACCCUCCCACUAGAGCUCAAAAUGUUGCUGUUGAUGUAACUACAGAACCCAACCUGGCAGAAGAUGGUGUUGGAGUUAGUGAAACAGAUCUGCUCUCUGUGGCUGAAAUGGUGGCCCUUGUAGAACAGCGUACAGCUUUGGCCCUUCAAGGUAUGGUAGCUCAAGGACAGACAAGUCCUUAUACAGUCCAUCAAAAACCGGUUGUAAUCCUCUCUGAACCCAAUUCAUCUGAACCAGCUUCUCAAAGUGACUUUAAUCAGCAACAGCAGGAAUCCAGACGGGUUGCUGAGACUGUAGCACAGUUUGAGUCUCGGCAGCAGAAUCUCGACAUUACAACUCUGCGGCCUGAGCUUAAUAGUUUAGGCAGAGACCACAUUCACUCUGGGGACUCUGUGGGUAGUGCUCCAAGCCAUGGACGAGGGGAAGUACGGAUUGCUUUUCGGGUGUCAAGUCUGGACCCUCGCACCCAGUCUGAACCUGUUGGCCGCCCAAAAUGCAUGUUUAUGAGUUGUGGGGUCGGAGGGGGGCAAGCAGGAGCCAGGGGCAAGGAAAAGAUAACUUGUGACCUCUACCAGCUGGUUAGCCCUUCAUCUCGAGAUCCAGGGGCUCUCCUGGCUGGCUCACCAAAGGCUGACCCCCUCGGGGAAGGCAUCACCGACAGGACUCCCUCCAUUACACCAGAUCCGAACCAAGACCCUGCCUCAGGAGAAAAGACAGCAGUGGCUCGAGAACGGGUGACCGGCUUCCAUGUUGAGGUUGUGGUCACCGGUGCAGUGGACCAAUGUGUCUUCUAUGGGAGGGACAGCACAGAGAAUGUUCAAGAAGAGACUGUAUGUUUUGCUAUGCCCAAUGGGGCCAAUUCAACUGAUGCCUCAGAGGACCCGCCACCUGGCCAGCUGUUCUUUUUACAGUCACCAGCUAAUGAAGAUGAAAGUUGCUCAGGGGUAAACAGUGGGAUGCGGUCUUUAGACUGUGUAAACAACAAUGGGCCUGCGGGGGCUACAGUUGAGAGGCCAGACUCCCCACUGGCAACUGUGGAUGAUUGUUCUGAUCCUCCGUUGUGCCGCCUCUACCGUCAUGUCUCCCAUGACUUCCUUGAGAUUCGCUUUCAGAUCCAGCGGCUUCUGGAACCACGGCAAUAUAUGCUUUUGCUUCCAGACCACAUCAUGGUCAAUAUCUUCAGCUACUUACCCACCCAUUCACUAGCAGCCCUCAAGUGCACCUGCCAUGAUUUCAAGACCCUGAUUGAGACCUAUGGUGUACGUGCUACAGACUCUCGCUGGAACCAGGACCCACUGUACCGUGAUGAUCCCUGCAAGCAGUGCAAGCAUCAGUAUGAGCGCGGAGAUGUGUCGCUUUGCCGCUGGCACCCUAAACCUUACCACCACGACUUGCCUUACGGACGCUCUUAUUGGAUGUGUUGCCGGCGUACAGACAAGGACACGCCUGGCUGUCGAGUUGGGCUACAUGAUAACAACUGGGUACAGCCAUGCGAGUUGGUUCAAGCCCGUGGCAAAAGAGACGAUGGGAGUUAAAGGAUUGGGUCAGGGGAUUCUCAUUUCUCUCCCUGUUCUCACUCAUGCCACUGUUCUAUUUAUGGUUGAGCUCGCCUCUCCUAUCUUGGCUCAUUAACUUUGCUAUCAUUGUCAGUAUCAGUUCUUAUCAGUGCACCAUACCUAAUUCUCAGUCCAAUCGUGCACAGACCAGUGUUCUCAAAUAUAAAAAUAUGUGCUGGGUAAGUGAAGUAGUCUGCUGCAUGGGACCAAUCUUUACAUGUACUUGUGAAUUGAUUAGAAAUUUGUAUGGCUUGGCAAUCUUCCAAGACCAGCUCUGAAGCUCACCCCAACAAUGCAAAGAAACUGCAGGCUAGACAAUAAUUAUGCAGUCCAGUAUAUAAUUUCAGGGGUUCUUGUAAAGUUUUUUUUUUUUCCUGUCCCUUUGGUUGAAAGCACCCAAAAUGAUGUCACUUUGUAAUCAACAGUUUGACUGCUUGUUUUGCUUGUGUGUGUGUGUGUGUGUGUGUGUUUUUUUUUUUUUUUUUUGACAUUUUUCCUCUGCCUCAAAAUGAUUUAUGAAAUCAGUUGUUUUUUGUUUUUUUUUCUUGACCAAACCUUUUCUUACCUAUCUCUUUGCCUGCCAGGCUGUCUGUGUGCUUGUUGGCAAAGGCUGCAUUUGCCAAAGUAGUAAUUAGCUUCAUGUGGCUGCAAGAAUGACAAGGAACAGGACAACUCAACACCUGAUUCUAGCCUUAACCCUGUUUGUUCUGCUCAUUCCACCAGUCUGAAAUCUUACAAACAAAAACACUGAUGCUGAUUCCUCUGGUUUGGGAGACCGUUAUAGGUUUCACUGUCAAUCUGCUAAUGGGAAUCUUUGCCUCAAAAGUAAAUAAAAGUUAUUUAAAACUGGCAUCUGUCCCGG